AGUUCACUGUAAUGGAAAGGAUAAUGUCUUGUCUGCUUCCAUUCAUACCAGAAAGAAACAAAUACAUGUGUUGGUGUGCCUAGUAGGAGCUCAUCAAGAUUGGGCAUCACAACAGCCACUUUGAAGCUGCGGUAUCAUCAAAACCAUCUCUAAUAAAGUGCAAAUGGAAGAAUAAAACACCAUAGACAUGCAUAUUUGCGUAAAUACACAAAGAGAACUUGAGAUUAUCUUCUUUUACAAAAAAAAAAUAUUGUUUUAAGUAAGAACUUAAGACUUAUUGGAAGCACUUUGAGUAUGAUUUUCACGAGGCAAAUAUGGAUAACUUGAGAUGAAAAUAUUAGUCAAACAAACAACAAGCAGAGGCAGAUCCAGAGGAAAAUGAAGAAGGGAAAAAGAAGGCGAUUGAGCAAAUGAGAGAAGCUUGUGUUAACUAUGGCUUCUUCCAAAUUGCGAAUCACGGAAUUCCUUUGGAUUUGUUGAGCAGAAUCAUGGAUAUGUACAAGACUUUCUUUGCUUGUUCAGAUGAAGAAAAACUAUCGGUACCUUCUGAUAACUAUUUCAAAAGCACAAAGAAAUCUGCUGGGACUUAUGAGCAGCUACUGUUUCAUCUUUCAUCCUCUGGUUUCAACGUCUGCCCCGAAAAUCCACCUCGUUUCAAGCAAGUAUUGGAGGAGAUGGCUUCACAUUUCACAAAUUUAGGAUUUGUAUUGGGGAGAAUCAUAAGUGAGUGUCUGGGCAUCCCUCCUAACUUCCUAGCAAACUACAGAAAUGAUCAGGCUAAGGACUUCUUGCUCGGCAUCCACUACAGUCCAGCGACAGAAGCUGAGAACGUAGGAAAAUCCGCACACAAAGAUCCUGGCUGCAUCACCAUUCUCUACCAGCCUGAAGUUGGAGGUCUUCAGGUGCAGAAAGAUGAACAGUGGAUUCCCAUAGCGCCUUCCAAAGACAAACUAGUAGUUAAUAUUGGUGAUGUCAUUCAGGUGCUAAGCAACAAUAAAUUCAAGAGUGCAACGCACAGGGUGAUCAGACCAAGAGAAACAAACCGUUACUCGUGUGCUUUCUUCUACAAUGUGCAAGGAGACAAGUGGGUUGAGCCAUUACCACAGUGUACCAAGGAAAUUGGAGAAUCGCCCAAGUACAGAGGAUUCAUCUUUAAAGAAUAUGUGCAGCGGAGACGCAGAGACGAGACUCAUCCACCAGCUAGACCUGAAGAUCUAUUCAAUAUAUCCCACUACUCAAUUUCUACUUAGAGCACAAGUCUAUAUGGAAAGAAACAUAGCAUAAAUACGUAUGUCAAAGUGUGUGACUAUCUCAUUUAAACUAUUACCGGGGACACAAUUAUUUUCUUAAUUAUGUUAACACGUCUUUGAUCGUAUAAGCCUGAUUCUUUGAAGAGGAAUCCUCAAUGCGCUGUUUGUUGUUACUGAUUUAAAAUAAUCAAAUUGCAGAUACUGCAAAACUUGUUUGUUUGUUUCCUA